AUGGACCCAAAUCCUCGGGCAGCCCUGGAGCGCCAGCAGCUCCGCCUUCGGGAGCGGCAGAAAUUCUUUGAGGAAAUUUUACAGCCGGAGACAGAGUUUGUCUUCCCCCUGUCCCACCUGCAUCUCGAGUCACAGAGACCCCCCAUAGGUAGUAUCUCCUCCAUGGAAGUGAACGUGGAUGCCCUGGAGCAGGUAGAACUUAUUGACCUUGGAGACCAGGAUGGAGCAGAUGUGUUCUUGCCUUGUGAGGACCCUCCACCAGCCUCCCAGACGUCUGGGCUGGAUGAGCACCCAGAGGAGUUGAGCCUUCCAAUGCCGACGCCUGACAGGACUGCAUCCCGCACGUCCUCGUCAUCUUCUGACGACUCCACCCACCUGCACAGCCCAAAUUCCAGUGACGGCGGGGCGGACACGCCCUUGGCACAGUCUGAUGAGGAAGAGGAUGGGGCUGAUGGAGGGGCAGAGCCUGGAGCUUGCAGCUAGCGGUGGGCUCCAUCUACAGACUGACCGAGCCGGCUCUUCUCCACAGGAGACCGUAGGCCCAGCCAGAGCCCUUCGGAGAAGACCAGACUCUUUACUUGCAGUCGGCACCAGGGGGAGGCAAGGACAGCGGGAUAACGCACCUCUCUGGGAAUUAACUGUCCUGCUUCCCUGCUAACCUUUCCUGCUACAACCCUCCCACCAGUUUUUGGCUUCCCCCUGAGGUAGGGCUUACAGGCGAGGAGAUGGGACAUGAGGCAGGACAAGAUGCUACUGCUCUCCCUAGCACCCGUCCCUCCCCACACUAUCCUGCCAUCUUCUGAUAGUGUCUCCUAAACCAGUGUCUCUAAGUGGCUGUGAGCUCCUUAGCAUGCCCUGAGUAGUGGUACUCCAGCUGUCCUGCUCCCCCACAUCCUGUUUGGGAAAAGGGCACAGUAUAAAUAAUAAAAAAGAAUCCACCAAC